CUCCAGUACGAGAAAUAAUCGGAUUUACUUUUGUUUCAAGAUAUCACAGACUAGGUCGGUUUUCUUUUUCCCAAGAACCAGAAAUUGGGCUCGUUGCAGUUAUAUUAUGCAUUUCUUUUGAUACGGUUGUGACUAGAAUUUGUUUGUGUAUUUUUAUUUUAUUUUAUUUAUUUAUUUUUAAAUACAUUUUCAGUAUGCGUCCAGGAACUGGUGAUGAAGGAAGCCUAUGCAGAUAUGAAGGCAUCGUUAGAGUCUAGUGCAAAAUAAUCGACUCGGUUCUUAUAAAGUGGUCGGUCCGUGAUUAUCUGAGGUUUAUUAUAGAAGAUGCCAGGGGUCCAGCACUGACAGACCCAGAUCCGGUUUCGUCUCUCUCUCCCUCUCUCUCUUGCUCGCUUUCUCUCAGCCAUUUUCGUCAUGGAUUGAAUCUUCCGACUGGGAAAAGACGUGGAAUAACAUGCCGAUGUUGAUAUUUAUCAGAGGUGUUAAAUAAUUGUACCGGAGCGCACCGGCGGAUCAUCAUGGCUCUGGGGGCAGAUCAGAGGGUAAGGUUGCCUUGGGCUAGAAAAUGAGCUAUAGAAUAACAAGCUGUGGGAUUCAGGGAACAGCUGGUGUACACUUCACUCCCAAGAUGAAUGAAAAAAGGCAACAUCUGUUUAGCUAUGAAUGUUAGCGAUCCAUCCUACAGCGCAGGUUGGAGGUAAUUGGGAUUUAAUUGGCAGUCUUUGAAGACAAGCCUGAACCUAUGGCACAGCAGCAGUACAAUACAGACCCCUUUUUAUGAAUCGACCAUGGACUGUGUGCUUUGGCAGCUGCUGGUCCUGGUUAUGACUGUGGUGGUUGUUCAUGCGUGUCCCAAAUACUGUGUGUGCCAGAACUUGUCUGAGUCUCUUGGGACACUGUGUCCUGCUAAAGGCCUUUUGUUCGUACCCACUGACAUCGAUCGGCACACUGUAGAGCUACGUCUAGGUGGAAACUUCAUUUUACGCAUUACGCAGCAGGACUUUGCCAAUAUGAGUGAAUUAGUAGAUCUGACACUGUCACGGAACAGCAUCAGUUCCAUCCAACCAUUCUCCUUUGCUGACCUUGAGACACUGCGCUCGCUGCACAUGGACAACAACCGGCUGGCUGAAUUGGGACAAGAUGAUCUACGGGGACUUGUAAAUCUUCAAUACCUAAUUCUAAACAAUAACCAGUUACGCCACAUCUCUGAAUAUGCCUUCCAGGACUUGGUGCCAGCAAUUGAGGAUCUUGAUUUGUCAUACAACAACCUGCAGACGUUGCCCUGGGAUUCAGUGCGUCAGAUGGUCAACCUGCACCAGCUCACUCUGGACCACAACUUGCUGGAGUACAUUCCCGAAGGUACCUUUACUGACCUAGAAAAGCUUGCACGUCUGGACUUGACAUCCAAUCGCCUCCGGAAGCUUCCUCCAGACCCAAUUUUUGCCCGGGCACAAGAUUCAUUGCAGGAAUUGGUGCAAGUCUCUACACCAUUUGCACCACAGCUUUCACUGAGCAUUGGUGGCAAUCCACUGCACUGCAACUGCGAGCUGCUUUGGUUUAGAAGGCUGGACCGUGAAAAUGACUUGGAAACUUGUGCUUCCCCUUCAAAUUUGAAGGGUCGUUACUUCUGGACUGUAAGGGAGGAUGAGUUUAUAUGUGAGCAGCCUCUUAUUACCCAACACACACACAGGAUGCUGGUUCUAGAGGGUCAAACAGCCAGCUUGAGAUGUGAGGCCACUGGAGACCCAACUCCCACAAUUCAUUGGGUGGCCCCUGAUGACCAUCUGCUUGGCAACUCCUCUCGAUUCGUAGUGUAUGGCAAUGGCACCCUUGUUAUUACCAUUACUACAUCAAAAGACUUUGGCACAUUCACUUGUAUUGCUGCCAAUGUUGCUGGUGAAUCCACUGCUUCAGUAGAACUGUCAAUUGUUCAGCUGCCCCACAUUAACAACGGAACAGGACAACCUAAAUCACGCCUCUCUGAUAUCACGGGAACCUCGAAAGCAACACCUAAGGGCCAACCAGAAAAGGAAAAACCAGUUUGGGUUUCUGAGGUGACCGCGGACUCUGCCCUCAUCAGAUGGUCCAUCAGCAAAGCAGCUCCCAAAGUGAAAAUGUACCAGCUGCAGUACAACUGCUCUGAUGAUGAAGUGCUCAUUUACAGGAUGAUCCCUGCUUCCAGUAAGGCAUUCCUAGUGAACAACUUGGUCUCUGGAACCCGCUACGAUUUGUGCAUUUUGGCAGCCUGGGAUGACUCAGCUACUACACUCACAGCCACUAGCAUUGUGGGUUGUGUUGAGUUCUUCACCAGAGAUGAGUAUCCACAGUGUCACUCUCUGCAUGGGCAGCUGUUGGGUGGCACCAUGAUCCUGGUGGUGGGAGGUGUGAUUGUGGCUACUUUGCUUGUGUUCAUCGUCAUCCUAAUGGUGCGCUAUAAGGCUGGGGAAGGUGGGUCAAUGACUGCUGAUGGGACUGAGCUUCCUGUUAGCAAGUUAAGUGACAUUGGUGAUACCUAUUCGCAGCCCAAUGAUGGGUGUCUGGGGCAGAAUGGAGUCUUUUUGCCCCCUUCAAUUUCCAAAGCUAAACUCAAAGCCAAACCCAAGGUAAGUCUACGAGAUGAGGUGGUGGAGUUUAAAUGUGGCUCUCUUCAGAGUAGUAUGAGCUCCCUUUCCUCAUCUUCAUCCUCCUCAUCUGCUGGUUCUGAGAAUGCCUUGCACUCCUGUAGCCCCAACAGUGCUUUGGCCAACAUCUUGAGGUCAGCGUCACUCAAACCGCGAGGAAAUCUGGACCAUCUGUUGGGGGCCAUUAACUCUCUGGAGCUUAAGGGCCAGGCACCAUCAGGAAACGCCAAAUCUGGUCGUGCUAUGGCAUCAGCAGACCCCCCUACUGAUAAGGAGCCUUUGCUGGGCCGGACAUUAGACUCCAAGUUCAGGCGGAGUCACUCAUUUGAUGCUGGUGAGUUUGCAACAUCGAUCAGUGGUGUCUGGACCAAACGUAGCCUCUCCAUCAAUGGUAUGUUGCUGAAGGAUGACAUGGCUAGCAGCAGGGGCACUCUGGAGAGCUCGGAGUGGGUGAUGGAGAGCACUGUGUAGAUACAGCACAUUCAAGCUGACACCCUGCCCUUGUGUCAAAGUAAAAUCAAGGGAAUAAAGCCUCUGUUUUCCCCUGCAUGGAAUUACAUAUCUGUUCAUCCAAUAUUAAAACAUAUAUCCACUAUACAACUUGCUUUACUGGACAGGCAGUUAAAAGCUUUAUGUUUUGGUGAAUAAGUGCAUUUGUUUGUGUGUGUGUGUGUGUGUGUGUGUGUGUGUGUGUGUGUGUGUGUGUGUGUGUGUGUGUGUGUGUGUGUGUGUGUGUGUGUGUGUGUGUGAGAGAGAGAGAGAGAGAGAGAGAGAGAGAUCAUGGAGUAUGUGUUGAGCAGAUACUCUGCUGAGAAAGUUUAGGUCAUAUACCCUUGGGAGUCUGCCAUUUAUCAGGGUCAUUAUAGUGUGGACAGAUACAUGACUGUUAAAUCACAGUGAAUAAAAAACUGCCUACACUUUCUCUACUGAAUAGUACUGCAACUUCAGUCUGUACAGAAAUAUAUCUGUGUUACAAAUAAUAUUUAUAAGUUGAAUGAAGUUAAAGUUUUAUAUUUUUAUCUCAAUGGUGUCAUAUCACUCUUUCUCAAAAGGAAGAGUUUAAAAAAAGGUCACAGAACUUUCAUACCAUUUUUUUUGUAUCACUUCCUUUUCUCUUCUUUUUAUCCAAUGCAUGUCCUAAAUCAAUCAUGUGCAAAGAGCAGAAUUUGAAAGUUUCUGUUGAAAUAUUUCUAAACAUUUAUUUCAUACUGAUUAAGUGUAAAGUCUAAAGUCCCAAAACAUUUUCUGUCACAUAGCAAGUAUAAUGUUUCUCUGAAUGAAUGAAUGAAUGAAUGAAUGAAUGAAUGUUCCCCUAUGUACAAAGGAGCUGGAAAAUACCUGAUAUUUUCUUAUUGCCAUAAGAAAUAAUGCCUAUGUACAUUAAGAGUGUUAAGUUCCUCUAAGGAAGUCAAAUCAAGAAACACAUAUCAAGCUCUGGCACAGUGCAUACAUUUUUUGUGAUGUCCUGUCAAAUACAAUUUUCUCUUAUUUAAACAGAACAUAAACACAGCUACACAUAUAUAUUUGAGAAGUCUACAUAUGUCUGACAAAUCUUUAAUCAAGAAAACUACAACAAUCUUGCUUUUGAAUUAUUUGGUAUAUGUAAUAUUAAAUGUUUUAGAGUUACCUUCACAAGCCAGUGAGAUAUAACUCCAAUGCAAAUCAUCUCAAUCUAAUCAUGUGUCAGAUAGAUGUGUGAAAAUGUCACAGUCCAAAAUUAGCUGGAAGUGGCAGACACUGGAUUGGAGUAAAGCAAGAACAAACUGUGUAAUGCUUCCAAGAAAUUAGCAUGCCAUGCCAAACUUAUUAUGCUGUUAUUGACAUGGUUCUUAGUCCCAGGAGUGAGGACUGUAUGCACUGCAUAUUUUGCUGUAUUUUCCUGUCGUAACAUGUUAUUCCUAUUACAAAUGACUUAAACAUAUUGUUCCUCUUAACAGAGUGUGAACACAAUGCUCUCCUUGCUCAAAAUCUUCUCAUGUUUGUUGACCUAUGUUAGAUUUUUUUUUUAGGUUUGAGGAUAAGACAACUUCAAUUACAAAUGGAUGUUAAAGAUGCCAAUGUAGUUUGUCUUCAUUUUGCAUAUGUGGACUUUCAGGGCUAUUUUGCAAACCUUUCCAUUUGCUCAUUUACAUCACGAACAAACCUAAUUAUCCAUAAACAACAUCGGAAAUAAUUUAUCUAGUAUUAUACACUGCUGGAAAAACCUAAGGGAAAUAUUAAUUAUCACAGUAUAACACCAAGUCAAGGGAAAUCUGUAUAUAUUUUCAAUCUGUCCAGAAGCAUAACAGUGAUUGUGAACCAGGUUUACAGUACCUACCUUGCUGCAAAUAAACGUGACAACAUGUGCGCUGAAGAGACAACAGAAUGACCUGGAAAGGGGAGUGGUUUUGCAGACAGUGGCCACAGACAAUUGCUUGCUAGUCUUCCUCAUUAUAUAUUGUGUGUUGUUUGUGCAGUCACAAGGAGGUUUGGUGUGUCGCC